GCUUGACCGCCGCGGUCAUGGUACUACCUACCAGCCCAGGUGGGCGUGGAUACACGACCGUCAUAGACGAGGAUGAGGGACAGGAGCUCGAGCAGAUACGGCGCUAUGAGGACUUCACCACUAUAGACUGGGUACAGGAUGCGAUUCUGGAGCGCAACAGACGAAUACGCGCCGAGCGCCAGUUAAACGAAGCGCUGCACAACGGACGCGGCCGAAUGGGAAUCUGGCUCUACGCACAAGCCCGACGCGCGCUCAACGCGUCGCAGAGCUGGCUUGUGGUCAGCCUUGUUGGCAUUUGCAUCGGCAUCAACGCAGCGCUGAUCUCGAUAAUAACCGAAUGGCUCUCCGACCUCAAGAUGGGGUACUGCUCCGACGGCUGGUGGCUGAACCAGAACUUCUGCUGCUGGGAGAUUGACGCGGACGCGGAGGAGACGGACGCCUGUGAUUCCUGGCAUCCCUGGAGUACGAACAGUGUCGCGCGCUGGUUCAUUUAUGUCCUGUUCGCAAUGAGCUUCUCCUUCCUGGCCGCGCAUCUGGUGCGCUCGCUUGCUAAGUAUGCGGCGGGGUCGGGGAUUUCAGAAAUCAAGUGCAUACUGGCGGGGUUCAUCAUGCAGGGCUUCCUUGGGUUCUCGACGCUGUUCGUGAAGAGUUUGACUCUUCCCCUCGUCAUCGCGUCCGGCUUGUCCGUCGGCAAGGAAGGUCCAUCCGUGCACGUCGCAUCCUGCAUCGGAUACACAGUCGCGGGCUUGUUUGACAAGUUCAGACGAAGUCAUGGAAGAAUGCGAGACAUGAUCACCGCUGCCUCUGCCGCCGGCGUUGCUGUCGCAUUCGGCGCACCUAUCGGUGGUGUGCUAUUCUCUAUUGAGGAAAUGAGCCACUCCUUCAGCAUCAAGACGAUGUGGCGAAGUUUCUUCUGUGCCCUUAUGGCCACUUUCACCUUGUCCGCGAUGAAUCCGUAUCGUACUGGGAAGCUCGUAUUAUUCCAGGUUACAUACGACCGCGACUGGCAUUUCUUCGAGAUCAUGUUCUUCAUCAUCCUCGGUAUAUUCGGGGGUCUGUACGGCGCUUUUGUGGUCAAGUUCAACAUGCAAGUGGCGGCUUUCAGGCGAAAGCAUCUCGCCAACCAUGGUGUCGCUGAAGCAGUAUUCCUCGCAACCAUUACGGCGAUGAUAGGAUACUCCAACCGCUUCCUGAGGAUCGACAUGACCGAGAGUAUGGCCAUCCUCUUCAAGGAGUGUGAUAACACCGCCGGCGCACUCUGUCAAACCUCGAUGCAGUGGCGGAUGGUGAAUUCCCUCUUCCUGGCGACAAUUAUACGCAUCGGGCUGGUCGUCGUUUCAUAUGGCGCCAAGGUGCCAGCGGGCAUCUUCGUACCCUCCAUGGCUGUCGGCGCGUACUUCGGGCGGAUGGUCGGGAUCCUCGUCCGUGCCCUUUACAGAGCCUACCCGCAAUCUGGCAUCUUCGCUGUCUGCGCCCCGGACCUGCCCUGUAUCACCCCCGGCACUUACGCGUUCCUCGGUGCGGCUGCAACCCUCAGCGGCGUCAUGCGAAUCACAGUGACGGUUGUCGUCAUCAUGUUCGAGCUUACCGGUGCGCUGACCUACAUCCUGCCGACGAUGAUUGUUCUUCUCGUCACGAAGGCGGUUGGCGACUUCCUCGGCACGCCUGGCAUUGCGGAUGAGUCAAUCAGGUUCAAUGGGUUCCCAAUCCUGGAGAAGGAGGAUCAUGCGUACAAUGUUUCGGUAUCUGCCGCAAUGAAAAAGGAUCUGUACGUGUUCCAGGAGCGGGGGAUGAAGGUGAAGGACGUAGAGGACCUAUUGGGGUCGACGAGCGUGAAGGGUUUCCCGAUCGUGUCCGCGUCUGCGACAGGACCAUCGCAGGCGAUGCACGGGUACAUUGGGCGUUCGGAGGUCCGUUAUGUCAUCGAGCGCGCGCGGAAGGUCCAAGGCAUUACAGACGACACACCGUGUACCUUCUUGCCGCAAAAUGAGAGCGAGCGAGACGUCACGGACCUUGGUGACGGGCAGUCGGUCGGCAUAGAGGACGACCUACCGCUGGAAGUGCUGGAUGCGACUGCGUCACCAGAGGGACUGAAGUUAUGGCCCUGGGUGAACCAGACGCCAUUUAGUGUGUCUCCACACCUCCCUCUGGAAAUCGUGAUGCAAUUGUUCAAGCGCAUGGGGCCACGCGUCAUCCUGGUGGAGGACCAAGGGCGCCUUGUUGGGCUGGUGACGGUCAAGGACGUGCUCCGCUUCAUCGCUCGAGAGAAGCCUGGGCAGCACGAUUCCUUUGAGGCCCGUGGGGGGCUUGAUGGACUGCUGGAGGAGUCCAUGUCGUGGGGGCAAGGAUUUAUGGACCGUAUACGUACGAUGGGCUGGCGCGCCUUCCGCCGCCGUUGAAUACCUUUUCCCUACAUAAUUUAUUGCGGGUUCAUUUGGGAAGAA